GUCAAUUCGUAGAAUUUCAGGCGGGUGGAGUUUCUUUCAGCACGUUGAUAUUCUAGAACCGCUCCAACGUCGUGCCACAGCGGCCAACGCCGAGAUUUAAAACAAGCGUAACCAGCGCGCACCGACGGGAAGCUGAGGCUAACGUUGUUUACGUCCAUAGACGAGCGCUGUAACGAAGUCACGACUAAUUUAACUUCAAACGUCGCCGAGACUGAUGAGCAGAGAAGAGUUGUAGUUCCCGAGAUAUUUCAGUGACGCUUUCUUCUGCGUGUCUCUGUUUUUCAGCAGGGGUCCGUCGUCAGCUAGCUAGCUUACUGUUGACGCCAGGUGUGCUGUCGUAGUGAAGCAGGUGAGCAGCGACAUGUCGGAGUCCGGCCACAGUCAGCCCGGGAUGUACGGACAGGGACGCAGGAGGAGGCGACGCCGGGGUGACAGAGAUGCUGGACCUCCGGGCCAAAAUCUGUCCGGACCCAGCCGCGACAGAGAAUACCAGCCCAGAGAAAGAAGGGAUGGAAGUGAGGAUCCACCGGGCCCUCUUAUGCAGAAGACGCCCAUAAUUCUUGCAAAACCUCCCGGGGAAAGGGCCAAGCCGUCACAGAAUGCAUCUGUGAGUGGAGCGCCAGUCCUGGAGAAGCCCAUCAUGCUGAUGAAAGCCAGGGAUGAUGGAGGAAAGCCGGGGACGCCUCCAGAGGCAGCAGCUCAGCCCUCUGGCCCUGGACCCUCAAAGAUGGAGAAGGAAGGACAGCGACCAACCCAGCCUGUAUACCAGAUCCAAAACAGAGGAAUGGGUUCUUCUGCAUCGAGCAGCGCUGUGGACCCUAUGGUUGGUCAGUCUAAACUCCUCCCUCCAGAGAAGAUGAAGCACAGCAUUAAGCUGGUUGAUGAUCAGAUGAAUUGGUGCGACAGUGCCAUGGAGUAUCUCAGGGACCAGACAGACAUGUUGGUGGUUGGAGUGAUUGGCCUGCAAGGAGCUGGGAAAUCUACAGUCAUGUCACUGUUAUCUGCCAACACUCCUGAAGAAGAUCAAAGGGGUUAUGUAUUCAGAGCUCAGACUCAAGAAAUCAAGGAAAGAGGAGGAAACCAGACCACAGGAAUUGAUUUCUUCAUCACACAGGAGAGAGUCAUCUUCUUGGAUACACAGCCAAUGCUCAGCCCGUCUAUUCUCGACCACCUCAUCAACAAUGAUCGGAAGUUGCCUCCAGAGUACAACCUCCCUCACACAUAUGUUGAAAUGCAGUCUCUUCAGAUCGCUGCCUUCCUGUUUACAGUGUGCCAUGUGGUCAUUGUGGUUCAAGACUGGUUCACAGACUUAAACCUCUACAGGUUUCUUCAGACUGCUGAGAUGUUGAAACCCUCCACUCCAUCUGCAAGUCAUGACAGCACUGGCUCUUCAGGCAAUGACGAUGGAGCAGAAUACUAUCCUCAUAUAGUGUUCCUCCAGAAUAAGGCCAGACGGGAUGAUUUCUGCCCAAGGAAUCUGAAAAACAUGCAUAUGGUUGUGGACAAAUUAAUGGCCCACUCUCACCUCAAAUAUAAAGGUACAUUGUCCAUGCUAGACUGCAGUAUCUUCCCAGGCUUGGGGCAGGACUAUCUGGCAACUGAAGUCAACAUGUUUCUACUUCCUGUGCAGGAGAAUGACGGGGACGAUAAUCUAACUAAAGCAGGAUCGGGAACAUAUCCACUCUUCUCGCUUCUCCCGGGGUACAGAGGACACCCUGCCUUCUCCACCAUGGUUUCAAAACUCCGCAGCCAAAUACUGGCCAUGCCUCGCUGUCAGCUGUCACACACCAUCCUCACUGAGAAGAACUGGUUUCACUACGCAGCUCGUAUCUGGGAUGGGGUGAAAAAGUCCUCUGCACUUUCCGAAUACAGCCGCCUUCUCUGCUAACACCUUGGUCUAACUGCUGUUAAAUACAAAAGCUGUGCAAGCCGGUAAA